AGACAUGUAGAAAUGGCAGCUGGAACAAAUUGGGCAGGACUACCUAGUGUAAUAAUUGUUGAUAUCGUUUCAUAUUUAUCACUGGAAGAUAGAUUAAAGAGUUCUUCGAUAUGCAAGCGAUGGCGAUCUUGCUUGUUUCACCCAACACUAUGGCAAAAUGUGUUAUUUUCGUUCGAUAAAAAGGACCGCAAGAAGUCAAAUUUUCUUGCUGCAAACUGCGGCCGAUUUAUUCGGGAAGCAGUUGUCAAAUUUAACUCGCGAGACGCAACAGAGGUGAGGGAAUGUGCUAAAUUGCUUGACAUUCUUUCGAAAAACAAAAACUUAGAAAGAUUUUCUCUACAACCAUCAAGUUGUCACAUCGUUUGGUCUGAACAAGAAACUGAACACAUAAUUGACAAUUAUUUGGAUAACAUUGAAGAAUUGAUCAGAAAUGCUCGCCGACUAAGCCACUUUUCCUUGGGAUGUGUAGAAGAACUCCUAGUUCAUUCCAACAGUCUAGUUCAAUUGAUGGUGCAACAUCAUAGUAAGAAUUUGAAAUCCUUGCAUCUGGCCAGUGUAAAAGAAGAUUCAGAGCACUAUGGAAUUAUUGAAUUUGACACUUCCCUGAUCUGUUCAUUCCAGUGUCUUACCAAAUUGAGCAUUGAUUAUGAUUAUCUUACAAAUGAAUUACUCCACAAUUUUACUGAUAUCAGAAAAUCCAAGCUAGAGAAACUAUGCAUCCACAUUCACGGUAUCAGUCCAGAACAUGAAAUUGUAACAAAUGCAACAUGGAGAAGGUUAAGGAAUUAUAGUCCCUCCUUUGAAGUAACAGUAAACCUCACACAUUCACAUCAUGGAGUUGCCGCCCUACUUGAUGUCCUCCAGCCAUGUAUGCCGUUAACACAUUUUCGACAAUAUUUCUGCUCACAUAUCAAUGUGGCAGCGAUAGAUUUUAUUUCGACACACUUCAAUGAUACACUCAAGACAGUAAUUAUAAUGGAUGAUAUUCAAGAUCAACCCAUGCUUUAUGAUGAAAGAACUGAUGUGUAUCCAGACCCAUUUGUAAUGUUAGCAUGGCGUUGCAUUGAGUUGCAGGAACUAAGUAUCAUAGGUUAUGGUAUAGCAGAUGGGGAUGUCAUUGCUAUAGCUAGAUUGAGAGGUGACACCUUAAAGAAGCUGGUUGUUCCUUUGUCUUGCAUUUAUACUUCUAAUGAUAGUGAAGAUGAUGCUACUGAAAUAAUACCAGUAAGAUGUAUCAGUGAUGACUUUUUUGAUAAAGUGUCUAAAUCAUUAAAUAGGUCGUGGUGGCCAGUAGAUGAUCAUGAAUUACCAGAGGCUGUUUUUGAUCAUAUGGCCGAUGCAGAAGAUGCAUACAUGGAAACUCUAUUAGACGACCAAAAAGUUUAAUGUAUUUUAUAUCUCCCCAAUUUUAAACAAUUAGACCAAAACUAUAGAACAGUGUUUUAAAGAUUCUUAUAAUUUAUUUAAAUAAAUGGUAUUUAUAUCCAAUAUUUAACAUGCAUAUUUUGUACAAUUCAUAAACACCAUGUAUCAUGUUUGUUGGGGGAUAGAAAUCUUUAACAUCUAUAGAUUUUUAAUUUAUUUCAUGUAAAAAAAAGAAGAGAACAAUUGUGAGAACAUCUUUUAACAAAUUCAUUUAUUUUUAAUUUUGAAAAUUUGAAAAAAAUUACAUAAAAAUAAGAAAUGAACUAGAAAAAUAUUUAUGAAAAUGUUGAUGGUAAUAUGGGUCAUUGGAGAUUUUCUUGAAAUACAGGAAUGAUUUUUUUGUAAAUACUUAUCUUUAUCUUAUUUAUUUAUUACUUAUUCAUUACAUAGAUUUGAUGAUGGGGGUUAAUUUAAUCUUAUAAUAUUUGUUUUCUGAUAUAUUUAAUUCUUGUGAAAUACAUGUAAAUCGAUAUAUGAUAUACAGUACCUAUAUUAUUAUAAUUACUAAACUAUCAAUUCUAAUUCUCCGACCUCUCUCAGCUUCAAUGCAUCUUCACAUCUUUUCAUUAUUUUUUUUUGAAUUUUAAUCUUUAAUACUGCAUUAUCUCACAAAACUUAUAUUUUAGACUGUGUAUCCCUACUUAUUAUUAUAUAAAUGACUGUUUUGUUGGGAUUAAUGAUCUUUUGAAACAUAUUUAUAUUUGCAUGUCAUACUGUUGAUAAUUUUACAAUGUGCUGUGUGUGAAGCAAAGAAGUCAACUUUUAAUAUCAAUCCUGUAGAUAUAUAAAUAACAAGUUGUGAAAUAUCUUAUUUUUACAUUAAAGUGAGGAGAAAGCUUCAUCAGAGAGUGUAAAUUAGAAUUACUGCAUUAUGUGAACAGUGUAUUGGUGGAAGCAUAUGGACGUGAAUUUGAUCUGUAUAUUGUGUAUGGAAUAUACAAAAUACUGUAGACUAGACCAUUUGUAGUUUUAAUAUGAACAAAAACACAGAGAAGAUUGAUACAACUAGCAUUUAGCCAUAUUGAUAUUUUAUUCCAUCCAUAGAACAGUAUUCUUUAUAGUUAAUUUGUCUAGUGUACAUUCAAAGUACAAGACUGCAAUGUGUGCUUUACAACUUGAAUAAUCUGUUUCCAUCUUAUAUAAUUGGUUGAUUAUUUAUACUGGUCUAAAGAUCUACUGUUAUAACUAACUUUUGAAUAAUUGUGAACAUGGGAACAACAAAUAACAAGUGAAGUUUGAAUUGAUAUAGCAGUUAUAUUUUAACAUUCUAUUAUAAUAGAAAAUCUGCAGCUGCUCGUAUCAAAACUGUAUAUAACAUUCCAUUACCAUCGCCAAAUAUUGGUACUCAGGAUUACUCAGGUAUAGUUGAAAUGUGAUAUCACCCUGUUUUCGCAUGGAUUUGUAUGGCCUUUGUAAAUUUUUAUUGAACAAUCGAAGAUCUUUUGUGUGUGACAAAGCCAAGAACUAAGCUUCUGUAAUUAUUAUGGCUGCCAUAUUUUAAUCUUAACAUCAUGACAUAAACUUGAAACCAUCCAUGGUUGUUUUUAUUGGAGUACAAGCAAAAUGUGAUAACAAAAGUCAAUUUUAGGAUGAUACUAGUAUGUGCCAUCAGCAGUGUUCGACAACCACUCUGUACCAUAAUGUAACAUAGAUAUUGAACUUAUUGCCAAUUGUAUUGCCACAUCAAGUGAAAUCCAUUGAAUCUCAGUGAAAUCGAGAUGUUGAGUUGAAGCCCUGUCCGGUGUCGAAAAAUAAAUGGAUUAGUAUACUGGUACUAGAAUUAGUACAUAGAAUCAAUGAGUGACAGUUUUAUCAAAUUAAUUAUGAUGAACUAUUUGAAGAUACUAAUGCUAUUACACAGCCAAUAUUUAGUUAGUGAUUUGAUAGAAAGUCAUCUUCUAUUGGAUUUUUUUUCUCUAAAUCAAACUUGUGAAAUGUUAAUAUCUUUUAUAAUUUUAAUAGAAAUUUGUACAAGCUGAGAGAGGAUAUUAUAAGAUUAUUAGAACAUAAAAUAUAUAACAAUAUUUAAUAUGAUAAACCAGAUUAUUGUCUAUUAUUACAGGAUAUUUUGUUGAAGCACCUAAUUGCUUUAUAUUUAGUGUAGAAAGGCAAUAUUUGGUAAAUGAAACACCAAGAACUGGGGCAAAUUUUUUGACAUGUCUAAAUUUGAAGCUGUUGGCUAUGCUGACAAAAAAUCUGUAUCUUACGUGCUUAACAGCAUUAUUCAUGUGCUUGUUGUAUUUGUUAAAACUAUAUUACACUCUUUCCAUAUAUAUAUAUAUAUAUGUAAAUGUAGUGCUGUAACCAAUAUUUUACAUUGAUAUAUAAGUGCUUGUUAUAUAAGUUCGUUAAAACAUAAUUGUUAUAUAAAUUUGUCUGUUAUGUUACAUAGAUAAAUAGAAAUGAAUAUUGUGAUAUUUGAGGCUAAUAAUGACAGAUGAUAGUAAUACCAUUCUAAAAUAAAGGUUUUAUGCUCAUAAAUCAUUGCUUUAAUUGAUAAAUAAACAGAGGAUAUUACUGAAUAAUAUGAAUGUUUACAAUUGGUUGUGUACUACUGAUGCUAUGUAUUUUGAUGAUGUACUGUGUUAUAUUAUGUAGAAACAUGGAUAACAAGUCGAGUGGAAUUGAUUUGCAUGUAUUAUGGGUUUAUUCGCUGUACUGCACAGUUACUGACCUUAACAGGUUGACUCUGGCCCUUUUUCAGGAUUAAAAUAAUGCCAAUGGGUUCUAUUGUAACAAGAAUUUAACUUAACAUAAUCCCUAGUACAGCCUAUUAACUAAAUCUGAAAUUGAUUCUGCAUAUUCUAAUCCUAACAAAUACCAUAAAAAAAAUGAUUUAAGUUAACAAGUAAAAGUAACAUUGUUGGUGUAUUCUCUUUAAUUCUAUCAAUUUGGAUACCUGUGUUUUCUUUAUUCUGUGUUUCCUGGCCAUCAGCGUACUGAAUUAGCUUGAUUUCAUAACAUACUGUUGUACGAUUUUUACGCCUCUGAAUGCGUUGACAUUGAUUUAGAGUGAACCAAUUUGGAGCUCUUAAAAUAGUUCAAAUUGAUUGGAUAUGAACGAUUUAAAAGAUCUUAAAAAAAAAAUGUCAUCAUCAGUAAUUUCCAGUGAAUGUAAUUCAGGAUAAACAUAGUUGUAAAUAAUCAUUUUUAACAUCAAUAAUUGGCUUCCAAACAAAAUCAAAUUCUUCAAGAGAAACUGACAGGAGUUGAUCUUUGUCUGUAGGAAUAAUUUUGUUCAUGAUCUGUAUUAUGAUAAAUCUGUUUAAAGGAUAGUUUCAAAACAUAUACACUACAAGCUAUCAAGAAGUACACCAGAUAGAAUUUUAUUGAAUACAAUUAACUUUUAUUAUGGUAAUUGUGGUCUGUGUAUUUCUAGUUCAAUUACUAAUAAAUGCCAUUGAUACAAGCUAUUAAGAAUCACAGUUGCCUGUCUUGGAUUUUUGUGUGAGCAAUAAUAUUACAAAUGUUAAAAAUAAAUAAUACUCUCAAAUUAUACUAAAGCUACUAUUAACUCUUUCAUGAUAUUGAAAUAUAAUUCUAAAUUUGUCACAAAAAGAUUAUAUCUGACUUUUUAAGAUACAUUAUUUAUUUGAGCCAUAUUUUUUCACUUAUUUUUGUCGCCUCUUAUUAAUUAUAUAAUCAUAUAUCCUAAAUGAUGUUUUAUUUGUCUAUCUUUUAACAGCAUAUAUUCACCCUUUGUCUUAUAUUUUAGUUUGUGCACUGUUUCUUAAUUGUAGUCUUAGAUUAUUGUAUUGGUGUUAUUAUGGUGUGGGUGUUAUGUUAAUCUAAGAGCACUUAGAUGCAUGAAUUGAAACAUCAAAUAAUGCUAUUAAUGUAUGAUUUGUAAAUAGAGGUUAUAUAUCGGAAAAAGGGUCUCAAGGAUCGUUAUAAAUAUGAUGUACAUGUAUAAAUUUUAACAGCAGCCUUUUUGAAGUUAUGUACAGUAAUAUUCAACCUUAUGUAUGUCUUUUGGGCAUUAAGUCAAUUAUAUAUUAUCUAGUCAAUUACUGUACUAUAUAAUGAUAUAUACUUUCUAAUAAACAGAGAUUUUAUUUGCAAAAAUUUCAAUUGUACUAUAGUUAGGAUUUGACUAGAUAAGAUAUCAAUUAAAGAAAAAUCGAUCAAUGAUAUUAUUGUGAUUUACCAUUCCCAGAUUGUUACUUAUUUAAGAGGUGGCACAGCAGCUUAUUUUUGCGUUUUCGUGGAGUGAUUGAACGUGUUCAGAAUUUGUAGAUAAAUUAUGUUUUAAAAAAAGUCUAUAAUAGAGGGAUCAGUCAGUCUUGUAAAGUUUUAGAUACAUCUAGUCAGCUUGUGUGUAACACUGAAUUAUUUAUAAUACUGUACUUUCUAUACAAAGAUAGGAUCAUGAUUUUUAUAUGCCCACAUGGAAAUGUGGUUGUAUAUUGCUGUCCGUCCGUCUGUCAUCCACAAUUUCUUAUGAACACUCUACAGACUACAUUUUUUAUCUGAUCACUUUUAAAUAUAUAUAUAUAUUAUAUUGUUUAUAUUAGUGAGAAGAAGAAUCCUAUUUAAUUUCAACAAUUUCCAUUAAUUACUUCUAGAGUUAUGGUCCUUGGUUCAAUUUACAUGCAUUAUUUAAAUUAGUCAAUUUCAGCAAUUUCCGUUAAUAACUUCUAGAGUUAUAGCCCUUGAUUCACUUUGUUGAACCAUGUGAAUGCUAAGGACUUAAGUUAUCACCCAAAACUGUAUGAAAUUUAUAUGCAUUAUUUAGAUCACUAAAUCAAAGAAGUCGACUGAAUUUCAACAAUUUCCGUUAAUUAAAUCUAGAGUUGUGGCACUCGUUUUACUUCUGUUGAACCUUGUGAAAGCUCAAUCAACAAAAUUUAUCAUCCGAUACAUAUGAAAUUUAUAUGCAUUGUUUAGAUCAAUGAAUUUUUGUUAAUUACUUAAUUAAUAGACUUUUGGCUCUUGUUUGACUCUGUGGAUCCUUUUGAAUGCACUAUCAACAACAGUUAUCAUCAGAUCUGCGUGAAAUUUAUAUGCAUUAUUUAGCUCAGUAAAACGAAUAGGCCUAUUGAUUUUCAACAAUUUCCAUAAAUAGAGUUAUUGUCCUUGUUUCACUUUGUUUAACCCCUUAUGAUUGUUCUAAUGACAAAAUUUAUCAUCCAAUCUUAUCUAUAUUAAAUUUAAGUGCAUUAUUGAGAUUAGGAAAAUGAAGAAGCCUAUUGAAUUUAAGCAAUUUCUGUUAAUAACUUAUAAAGUUAUGACCCUGUUUCCACUUAGUUGAACCUUGUGAACAUUCGAUCUGUAUGAAAUUGAUACCAUUGUCUUGUAAAUGCUCCUAUUAUCUACAAAAGCAUAAAUAUGUGACAACCCUAGUCAACUGCUUGCACAAUUUAGCUGCAAUGGGCGUAUGUUUCAUUGCCUGGCAACCUAUCUUUUCUUUAUUAAAGACAAGACAUUUUAAUAAUCAACAGAUUUACAUCUAUCAAAAGUUACAAAGAAAGUAUUUAAUAUUAUAUUGUAUUCUUUAGAGUAUUUUCUAAAUGCAACAUGUUAAUUUAUACUUUUUCGGCAGAAUAUUAUAUAGAUAUUGCUGAUUGUCAGGUGCCACAACUGUGAUUGACAAUACAUGUACUGUAGUUAUAUGUGUAACAUACAUAUACAACUACUCUACUAGUGAUUACCUCUAAAUUCUUUAGUAAAUGAAUAAAUAAAUAAAUGAUAUUUUAAAGUUGUCCUGUUUAAAAAAAAUAAGAAUGCUCAGGAAAUAAGAUUAGAGAAAAUAAAAACUGAAAACAGAAAUAUUUUCUGAUCUGAUGAAACAUAUGUAUCUUCCAUCAUAAUUGAAUAUUUCGAUAUUAUAUGUAUAUAUUGUUACAAAUGACCUGUUCUAUCAAUUUAUUAAAAUCUUAUAAAACGGGUAUAUGUCAUCAAAACAUUUGUUUUAUAAAUAGAAUUUUGACAUUGUGUGCAGUUAAUAUGAAAUCCAGGAAUAUCCAGGAACAUGUAUGUGAAAUAGAAUGACUUUGCAAAAUAAUAUGAAAGUCUUGCCUAUAUUGACAAAGACUGAUUUCAUAACCAACAUAUCACAUUUUGAAAUUGGUAAGAAAUGAUGUACUUAAUUUAUACCCUAUGCAAUACGAAAUAAUUUGAAAAAUGAAAGAGAUAUGUCUUAAUUCCUUAAACAAUAUAAAUGUCAUUAAAUAAUGUGCUCAAGCAUGCACCAUAUAAUAAAGGUCCCUAUUCUAUUUAAUGUUGAUGAAAAAUGAAUAUAUCUUGUAUUUGAAGUCUAACCUGGUGUUUGAAAUGAUGAAAUGUGUAUUAUGUGAUAUCUAUUAGUAGUAUGUUAGCUGCUGUGCAGUAACGAUCUGAUUGUAUAUGUGUGAUAGCAUCCUAAACAGAACAGUCUUUCAUUAUGUUACAUACCAACACAUGUAACAACAGUUAAAGUGCCAAGAGGAGAACUUCUUUUAAAAACAAGUUCUUGCCAAUGUUAACGAUCAUUGUAAUAUUGUUAUCAGGUCAGACACAAUUGGAUCUAUCUUGUGAAUGUGUCAGUUUUCAAAUUGAUGGAUCUAUUGUUAUCAAGAUGUAUUAUUGAAUUGUUGUAUGAUCUUAAUAAAGCUCGCAUCUGUGCUCAA